CUCUCUCUCUCUCCGUGGGAUCGAUCGCUUUUGUUGUACCACGUUCUGGUGUGAGAGCUUUGAUCUGGAUCACUCGUGUGUUUGUUGGAAGCUAAAAUCGAGAGAUGGCGGGAGAUGAAGAGAUUGAGAUUUACGAAGAAGGAGAGGAGGAAUCCAUUGAAGCGAAAACUGAGGGAGGAGAUGAUGAGAAGGUGUUGCAGUUUUUAGAUUCGUUAGAUGGGUAUCUAACGCUUAUGGAUUCUCUCAAUUCAAAGCUACGAGAGGGAUGGUUUGAUCUAGCAAGUGCUCGACACUCUAUGGGAACUUUACGUAUCACCAGCACUCUCUUAGACCUCAAGGAUCAUUCCGCUGCUUCCACAUUGCAAGUCUCUGACCAAGAUGUUGAAUCUUUGGGACCAGUACCUCGUUUUGCUUUGUCCAAGUGGGCUUCUAAGGGCGGCAGUGGGAAAGGCAAAGACUUCUCUACUGAUGCAGAUUUCGAGAUGGGCUCUCCUCGUUCCCCACAGCUACGGCAUCGAGGCGUUUCUGAAGAGAAACCAUCACCCAAGGGUGAGACCACCGUGUUAGCAGCUGAUGAAGAGGUUAAGAAAGAACGGGCCAAGUCUCUGUCGGUAUUCGGAGGUCUAGUCUCCCCUAAGCUGCGUGGUGCUCAACUUUCAUUUGAGACAGCUCUUGAAACUCUUGUGGAAAUAGCCAACACACGAUCAUCCAUGUUAGCUGCCUUUGAGCGGAUCACGAAGAAGUAAAGACAGAAUGUGCCAAUGCGUUAGUUCAAUUUUUGAGUUUGUAACUACCACAUUCUGUGUAAUACACAAGUAUCUAUUUUGAUCAGAAUUGCUUGCUUUACAGCACCAAAUAAUAUACACAACAUUUUGGAGCA